GAUCUUACAACGCGCGAAACCGCAAAUCACGUUAUAAUCUUUCAACGUGUGAUGUUUGAACCCCCGAGUCACGGUAUGAUUUGGAGCGAAAGCGCGCGGCGAGCUGGCUGGCUGCGAAGCAACACCCAAUUCCCAUCAAUUGUUAACCAGUUCCGCUUUUGCGACGUUCGCGCUUCCGCUUGCAGAAAUCCUUUGUCAACCACGAUGAACAAUGCCACAAUGCCACUAUGCAUUUCAGAUUUGACAACAUGUUCUGCUGUAAUAGCUUCACUGUCCGCUGUGUAAUGACUCGCUGGGUUACACCUGUUGCAAACUUCCACACAAUCAUACUCCGCACACACAUGGUGAUGGUCUGUUAAUCAAAACCUAGACCUACUCCCACUCAUAAAUAUGGUGUUAAUAGACUAUGCGAACUAUCAAAGGAACGUCAGAAGAUUGAAUCAUGGAUUCAGCCUGUACCGAUCCUCUGUGGCCAAUCCUAAUGCGCCUCGACAGCCAGCAGAAUAUAUGCACUAUCACGUGCUUGCAAGGGAGCAUCCUGAAGUCUUCGAUGGUGUGCAACAAGUGCUCCCGCUUGGUAUGUAUGAGGCGCCAUCAAGGCUUUCGUACGAUUUAUUGGGAGCAAGAAUUCCACGCGAUCAUGCCGACCGGCCUCUUCAGAAUCGCGUGAGAAAAUGUACCCGGUGGUUCACUGCCAGAGAUCCACAAUGGGUCGCGAGAAGGGUUCUUGGCGCGGGAGGUGCUGGUAUAGCCAUACUUUUCAACUAUAGUGGGCCUGGCUCAUCAGCACUACUGGAUGGAGACGUCGUUGUGAAAAUUGCUAACCAAUCCUGGGAUUCCCAGGAGUUGCGGCUUGAAGCACGAGCUACUAAAAGGCAAAGGUUCUCUGCACAUUGUAUACAGAUGAUGGAGCCCGAGGACCUGAACCUUGCACGUCAGGCACCGGCUCUUGAUCCUUUACCGUCGGAUGACUCUUCCCAUGAUGAACUGACUGAUGAAGAGAGGCCUGGUCCGCGCACACGGCGGAGGCCACUGCGCCCACGUCCCAGACGCGAGAGAUCAGCAUAUCAUUGGAAAUUACAUAAGCAGAGACACAAAAACCUGUACGAUGGAAGAAAGAAUAUGUUGAAGACCGACGACGAGCAAGCUCGCAUCAGCGAUCGGAGAGACUUUAUACUACUUGAAUAUAUGCAAAAUGGUAGCUUGGGAGGACUGAUUGAUAGACUUGUCAAGGAAGGGGGCGGCGACCUAGUCGAAAUUCCAAAUCGAGUCUUAUGGGCAUUCUGGUUAUGUUUGGUCAGGGCAUGCAUCGGAAUGGAGUAUCCACCAAAACGCUUUCACCCAAACAGGCCUGAUAACGUUUUCAGCAUUCGGCCAGGAAUGGGCAGGACUCUGAAAAGCCACGGAAUUUCCCCUGUUGACCCGACAACACAAGACCAUCUAAACUUUCUAGCACAGCAAGGAGAUUGGAUUGAGAGUGUGCCGCAUACGCAGGAUUUGAGAAAUCAAGCAAAUAAUGUUGUCCACUUUGAUAUCGAACCGUCGAAUGUUUUCAUCGGUGAUUUCGAACUUAGCGAUGAAGCUCUUGCGCAGUGGCAGACCACGCUAGACAGGGGCGAGGGCGAAACGAUCAGAUCUCUAGUCAGUACACUACCUAGGGCAGAUCGCCUCAAAGGCGAGCAUGAACUAGUCCCACGACUCAAGGUUGCCGACUUUGGUACAGCAGAUCGCAUCAAAUCAUAUAAACGCAAUAUCUACUAUCAUCGCAGGAGGACGUGGGGCAAACGUGGAAUAUAUGCACCGGAACAAUUCUGCAGCGAAUGGGAUUUGAUACCCGAGGACCCAAACGGAGACGAGGCAGGCCUCGACGACGUUGCGGGUAAUUAUAGCUGCAAAACCAAUAUCUGGCAAAUAGCGUGGGUAAGAAUCUAACAAAGACUCUACCAAACCCAACCACCAUUGAUAGCAUGACUUACUGGAACCCGUCGCUAACACGAUCAAGACUAUGUGGAGCCUCAUUACCCAAGCAUAUCCGCCAGAGCCACCAGAAGCUCAAAUACCGAAAGAGCAGAGAGGAAAAGUUAUCAUCGAAGAUGGCGGGGACAGGAAAAAAAUA